CCGCGCACGACUGUUCUAUCAUCUUGGGGAUUAGCGAUUUUUGUCAGAAAUCGAUCGAAAUCAAUUUGAUAAUCGAGAUUGAUUCGUGGAAUCAAGAAGGAGGAAGAUAUGGCGGAGAGGAUAUAUGGCAGAUGCAGGAGGGAGUUUAUUAAUUCAUACUAAUUGGGGGGAAGGAGCAUGAAAAGCGAGUUGGUGAAGGUUUAUGUCUCGUUAUCGCACUUGUCAUCAGUUUCUGCGAUGGCAGCUGUUGCUUCUUUCGUCUCACCCAGCGCAAUCGCUCCUCUCCGGCGCUCGUGUGCCAUCGCCUCUCGCCGAUUUUUCUGUUCUCCUUCUUCCGCUUCUCGUGCUUCGAGGACCCAGUUUCGAGGACUCACGAGAACUGCUGAGCAGAGGUCGUUGAAAUCUGCGGAAGUUGCAGCAUCUGUCGUUGCUGCGUCGAGGUCGCAAGCUUUCUACUGGGCUAUUCCCGCACGCAAGAUGAGCGAGGUGGCUGCUUCUGCUGUCGGUCAGAGUACAGGUGGACCUGAUAGUAGCGAGCAUCUGAAGUCCCCUGUGGUCUCUGUAGAUUGGUUACACCAGCAUCUCAAGGACCCGAACGUGAAGGUUUUGGAUGCAUCUUGGUACAUGCCUGGAGAUCAACGAAACCCUCUCAAAGAGUACCAGGAAUGCCAUAUACCAUCGGCGCUUUUUUUUGACGUGGAUGGUGUUGUCGAUCCAAUUUCCGAGCUGCCACACAUGCUACCCACUGAGGCAGCCUUUGCUGCUGCAGCAUCAGCUUUGGGGCUAUCCAAUGAAGACAACUUGAUCGUGUACGACGGCAAGGGACUGUUCAGUGCUGCCCGUGUUUGGUGGAUGUUCAGAGCUUUCGGCCACGAAAACGUGUGGGUCCUGGAUGGGGGCUUUCCAAAAUGGCGAGCAAAGAACUACCCUGUUGAAUCUACUGUAUCUCCGGAUGUUUUGCAAAAGAUUGAGUCAGCAUCCGGCUCUGUUAAGAAGAUUUACACCCAAGAAAAGGUUGAACCCAGCACGUUCAAAGCAGAACUGCAACCACACCUAGUGUGGUCUCGUGACCAGGUGCUAAACAACAUCGGUGAUAAGAAGUUUCAGCUUGUCGAUGCUCGCAGCAAGGGAAGAUUUGACGGCACGGCACCUGAGCCACGCAAAGGCAUCAGAGGCGGUCACAUCCCUGGAAGCACCUGUGUUCCAUUUCCGGAGGUGUUGAGUAGCGAAGGCACACUACUCGAUGCCAGUGAGCUUGCUGGCAAGUUUCGUGGAUCAGGUGUUUCGUUGGAUUCUCCGAUUGUCGCAUCUUGUGGUACCGGGGUAACGGCAUGCAUCCUUGCCCUUGCUCUUCACCGACUCGGCAAAAAAGAUGUGGCUGUAUACGACGGGUCGUGGACAGAAUGGGGUAUGGACCCUAAUACACCGGUAGCGACCAAUAUUCCUGCCAAUCAUUAGAGGCGCAAGUUUUUUCAGGCAGAUAUAGUUCGCCCAGAACCAGACGCUCAAGCAGAUGCAGAUGUGUGUGUGAUACUUACUUAUCAGCAAGAAUAUACCGGAGUAUAGUUUUUAGUCUCAAACAAGCUGAAGACCAGCGCGUCGUCAUCGGAUAGACUGUCAUGUCUACUUCGAUUUGUAAAGAAAAUAGUUUCUGGGGUCCUAAGUCGUCAAUACAGUGGCCGACUUCUACUCACAUUUUCGUGUUUCCUCCUUUCCGAUGGGUAUGACCAAUGGAUGCAGAAAUGACAAUGUGAGCACGUGGCUUGCUUGUAUUCUCCCGUACAUGAUCCGUGUUCCGUCCACAGCCCAUUAACGAAUUUGUUUGCCACCCAGUCCCCAUCGAAUGAGCAGUGGCUUGGGCGGUGGCUUGAUUUGGCAGAAUUGUCUGCGGGCACAGAAA